GCGGUUGGAGAGAGAACUCGGUAGACGCCUAAGCCGAGCAGCACCGAGGACAGCGCCCGGCCGCUCCCGCCCCCAGGCUCCUGCGCAGCUCUCCCUGGCGCCCACGCGGAAGAUUCGCUCACCCCACUCUCGCACAGACACACACGCACAAGCACACGCACAUUCACACACGCGGACACGCACCCCCCUGUACAAUGGCAGAAUCCCACCUGCAGUCAUCUCUGAUCACAGCCUCACAGUUUUUCGAGAUCUGGCUUCAUUUCGACGCUGACGGAAGCGGUUACCUGGAAGGAAAGGAGCUGCAGAACUUGAUCCAGGAGCUCCUGCAGGCGCGAAAGAAAGCGGGAUUGGAGUUAUCACCUGAGAUGAAAACUUUUGUGGAUCAAUAUGGGCAAAGAGAUGAUGGAAAAAUAGGAAUUGUAGAGUUGGCUCAUGUAUUACCCACAGAAGAGAAUUUCCUGCUGCUCUUUCGAUGCCAGCAGCUGAAGUCCUGUGAGGAAUUCAUGAAGACAUGGAGAAAAUACGAUACUGAUCAUAGUGGCUUCAUAGAAACUGAGGAACUUAAGAACUUUCUAAAAGACCUGCUAGAAAAAGCAAACAAGGUUGUUGAUGACACAAAAUUAGCCGAGUAUACAGACCUAAUGCUGAAACUAUUUGAUUCAAAUAAUGAUGGGAAGCUGGAAUUAACUGAGAUGGCCAGGUUACUACCAGUGCAGGAGAAUUUUCUUCUUAAAUUUCAGGGAAUCAAAAUGUGUGGGAAAGAAUUCAAUAAAGCUUUUGAGCUGUAUGAUCAGGAUGGCAAUGGAUACAUAGAUGAAAAUGAGCUGGAUGCUUUACUGAAGGAUCUGUGUGAGAAGAAUAAACAGGAACUGGAUAUCAACAAUAUUCCAACAUACAAGAAGAGCAUAAUGGCUUUGUCGGAUGGAGGGAAGCUGUACCGAACAGAUCUUGCUCUUAUCCUCUGUGCUGGGGACAACUAGAGUUGGUGGUCACAGCCAUUUGCUAGCGAUACAUUGUAUCUGAAAAGUAAUGUGCGCUAUAACGGAGUAGGCUCUAUUUUCUUUUAUAUCUGUAAAUUUAACUGCAUAUAGAUGAUUAUCAGGAUGUGUAGCUCAUUCUUUUCAGCUUGUUUCUAUACUGUUUGUAAUGUACAGUUUUUGUAACUACGUGAUUGAAAAGCAAAAUGGAGAAUGACCAUGCUUAGGCCAGUCAGUAUACCCUAUGUAACAAAGAAAUAUAACCUAUCAGAUUCCUGUUUUCAUAAAUACGGUUGGAUGAGAUUUCUCUAAAAAUUCCACCAGAAUUAAUCUCUGUAAUUCUAGUCUCUGAUGUGUAAAUACACAUUUGUCACUGAAUUAAGAAAAUUGUACUUGACAAGCCAAGCACUCUUAUUUUAGACAACCGUGGGACUGUCCCACAAAGUAUUUCUAAGCUGUAUUUCCAACUGUUAGGAGGAAUGUGCUUUUGCAUCUAAAAUGCUCACCAAAGUAUCAAAAUAUAGUUAUUAUGGCUUUAUGAAGUUAACUUUCACUGGAGGAGAUUUAGUUUACCUAAUCAAUGUGUCUACUGCUUAAAUCCAUACAAAACAAUCCAUACAAAACUAUUGGCUCAGGUUGAUUUGGUGAUAAGUGAAGAUUGCAUCAAAGGACACGUAAAUUUGUCUGAUUCUAUACCUAUAUUUCCAAGAAGCCUACUGUCAGAGUAUGAUGUUAAUCCAUUUUCUAACUGUUUUCAUGUGUCGUAGAUUAUAAUUAUUCUAGUAAACUGUUGUUUUAUGGUGUAUUCUGUGUAAUCUCUGAUUAAAUUUAAUAUACU